AUGGCUUCUAGUGCUGAAGAUGAAAUUGAAGAGACAGAAACGACUGCUGUAGAAGAAGAAGGAAUCGAAUCAUUAACUAAUUUAAAGGAAUUAGAUUUAUACGAUAAUCGAAUAUCGGAUAUAGAAAAUUUCAAAACAUUGGCUAACUUGGAAUCAUUGGAUUUGUCAUUUAACAAGAUUCGAGAUAUCAAAAAUUUGGAAUAUCUCGAAAAUUUAACGAAUAUAUAUUUUGUUCAAAAUAAAAUCACCAAAAUUGAAAAUCUGGGUCAUUUGAAAAAAUUAAUUAAUUUGGAAUUAGGCGCUAAUCGUAUUCGGAAUCUAGAGAAUUUGAAAAAUCUUAAUAUUUUAAGUAUACAAAGUAAUCGAAUAACCAAACUUAAAGGAUUAGAAGGAUUAAUCAAUUUAGAAGAAAUUUAUCUUAGUCAUAAUGGAAUUAAGAAACUUGAAGGAUUUGAGAAUAACUUAAAAUUAAGAGUUAUUGAUAUUAGCAAUAACUUUAUUAAUAAAUUGGAAAAUAUUUCACAUUUGAAAAAUUUAGAAGAAUUUUGGGCCAGUAAUAAUCAAUUAUCAGAUUUCGAAGAACUUGAUUCACAAUUAAAAAACCUUGAAAAUUUAACAACUGUAUAUUUCGAAGGAAAUCCAAUUCAAUCCGAGAAUCAAGCUACUUAUCGACUUAAAGUGAAAACUUAUUUACCGCAAUUGAAACAAAUUGAUGCCACGUGA